UUUCCCCAGAAAUCGUGCUUUGCCUUGCUUCUCUUUUAAAAUCCCAUGAUCAUGUCAAUUCGAAGCUUUCUGAUCCUCGCCGGUGUCGUGACCGUUGCUGCCGACCAGCACUUAGCUGACUCCCCGUUCUUAAAUCAAUUUUUUGUCGACUCUGGAUAUGUGACAAUCUCUACAGCUGGCAGUGAUGCCACCCACACUACUUAUAUUGCCAAAUGUGACAACAGCGGUGCCAAUGUUUGUACGUUGCCUACUGCUGGUGCCACUAUUGUCACCGGCCCAUCUUAUGUUGGGGCCUCAUACACCGAUCUAUCGGAGACCCUCUUCUCAUCCGUUGGGUGUGGAUAUAUCAACGCUGGGUCCUCGGCCCUUUGCACUGUGUAUCAGUCAGGCCAAAGUGGAACUUCUGUGGUCACAUUAUCGCAGACGGAAACACUGCCCGCAUGGGCCGUAGCAUUGGGGUUCAAUGCGCCGACUGGCACCAGCACCAGUUCAAAGCAAACUACCGAAGCCGUUGCCGGAAGCGCCGCUACCGUAACCACUGGUGCAGCCACUACUGUUGAAUCAGGUGCAUCUUCUACCAAGAGUUCGACUACUAGCGGGAGCAGUAGUAAAACUGGUUCUGCUGCAAGUGAAACCAAGGCUGGUGGCGCAGCCAAGCUGGCUGAGCUUGGAAAUGUGUUUGUCGCUGUUGGAGCAGCUAUCAUGGGUGGGCUAGCUCUGGUCAUAUAGAAGGAAAGAUCAUAAAGAAUGGUUAAAGUAUAUGAGUAAUGUAUACUUUGCUAGUUAUUUCCGAAAUUUUCGGUUUGCCCUUGGUUAUGAGGAGCCGUCUCAUGCGAUGGAAAGG